CUCACGGGGAGAUGGUACAGCAUUGGCCUGGCCUCCAACUCCAACUGGUUCAAGGAGAAGAAGCACCUGAUGAAGAUGUGCACCACGGUCAUCUCCGCCACCGCAGAUGGGAACCUGGAGGUCACCUCCACCUACCCCAAGGGUGACCAGUGCGAGAAGAGGAACAGCCUUUACACCAAGACAGAGCAGCCGGGACGGUUCAGCUACACCAGCCCCCGCUGGGGCAGCAAGCAUGACAUCCGCGUGGUGGAGACCAACUACGAGGAGUACGCCUUGGUGGCCACCCAGAUCUCCAAGAGCACUGGCUCCUCCACCAUGGUGCUGCUCUACA